AUGGAGCGGCUCAUCUCCACGCCCACCUCCUCCCCGUCCCCAUCCCCUUCCCAGACCCGGAUCCGGGGACCCCUUUUCCUCCCCUCCCGGCGCCUCCCCGCCGCCGCGGCAUGGCCCCAGCUGCGCUGCCAGCCCACGCGGCCCGGCGCGAUCGCGCUGGCGUCGCCGCUGCGCCACGAGGCUCUCUCCGCCGCACCGGAGGAGGCGCGGAGCGACCCGCCGCCGCCGACGCCGCCGGUUGCCGUCGGCAGUCCGUGGAAGCUGCUCGGGAGUCUGCUCCCAAAGGCUUCCACUGCUGCCCUUUUCCUAUUGUUGACACUUGUUACUAGCUCCCUGCACUCUAGCCUCACUGCCUAUGCAUCGAUGCAACCAGCUGCCAAAACUGGUGGAAGAGUCCUCACGACGGAGAUACUAAGCAGUGGCUGGGCUGGUUUUUUAGCUGGGUGCUUACAUACCUUGUCUGGGCCAGACCAUCUAGUUGCCUUGGCACCGCUGUCAAUUGGGAGAUCCAGACUUGAAAGUGGACUGGUUGGUGCCCUUUGGGGCUGUGGUCAUGAUGCAGGGCAGGUCAUUUUUGGCCUGCUCUUCUUGUUACUCAAGGAUCGAUUGCACAUUGAGGUUUUCCGUGCAUGGGGAACAAGAGUUGUAGGCCUGACCCUUCUGAUCAUAGGAGCCAUGGGUGUUCGGGAAGCUUCAGAGGCUCAAGAGUCCUCACUAGUGUUGGAGGGCGUCGAUGCCAGCAUGAGCAGCAAUGAGUCUUUGCAGUCCCCUUCAACUCCCCGGAAGAAGAAAGUCAGUUUUGCGACAUUCGUCACCGGAGUCGUCCAUGGUCUCCAACCGGAUGCGCUGCUGAUGGUCCUGCCGGCAUUGGCUCUUCCGUCGCGCUUUGCUGGCGCAGCCUUCCUCGGCAUGUUCCUGGUCGGCACCGUGUUUUCGAUGGGGAGUUACACUGCUUUUGUAGGUUCUUGUAGCGAGGCCCUGAAAGAGAAGGUUCCCAGGAUAACAGAGAAACUGACCUGGGCUGCUUCGCUUGUAGCUAUAGGCAUGGGUCUAGCUCUUCUGGUUGGGCAGUUCUUUGGGUUCAGCCUGUACUGA